ACUAAGAAGCAAGAUGACGUCAACUCCUGCAAUCGUGAUGAUCAUCCUGAUUGGUGGCAGCUGCCAGAGACUGACCUUCCCUUGUGGACUCCCUGAAUCUGUGACUGACCUUCCCUUGCGGACUACCUGAAUCUGUGACUGACCUUCCCUUGCGGACUACCUGAAUCUGUGACUGACCUUCCCUUGCGGACUACCUGAAUCUGUGACUGACCUUCCCUUGCGGACUACCUGAAUCUGUGACUGACCUUCCCUUGCGGACUACCUGAAUCUGUGACUGACCUUCCCUUGCGGACUACCUGAAUCUGUGACUGACCUUCCCUUGCAGACUACCUGAAUCUGUGACUGACCUUCCCUUGCGGACUACCUGAAUCUGUGACUGACCUGCCCUUGCAGACUACCUGAAUCUGUGACUGACCUUUUGAACGAUGUAAAGAAGCAUUGUGGACUUCACGGCAACUUCAGACUUCAGUUCAUGGACCCUAUUUUUGGAAAUGAGUUCUUUAACCUGAACUCAGAAGUAGUGGACAGAGCUACUCUUCAAGUUAUUGACAUGUCAGAGAUCCCCCACAAUUCACUGUGCUGAAACCUCCAGCAGUAUCAACACCCCACUCCCGACAACCUCCGCCUUCAAUCGUCGCCACGUCGAUGACUCGUCAAAACACUAUCCAGAGGCUCAGUUGACACUGACACACUGUCUUCUCCAGAGUCCACUAGCUCACGGUCCUCUUGGCCUGCUUUGUUCUGUGUGCCUCGAUUCUCCCAUGAUGCCGAGCUAAAACUUCAGCAGGCCAAUUCAGCUCGCCUUUAAAGUGGCUCUCUACUUGUUCCAGAGCCUAAGUUGAAGUCAGACAUACUCGAAGGCUUGUUGCAAGAAAUUGUCCAGUAUAAAGUUCAUGCCACUGAUGGAGAGAUGGAACAGGUUGCACAGAGUCUAAUCAAGAAGCAUCCGUGUUUGACUGAGAAGUGUUCCUUCACUGGAUGUGGCGGAUGGAAAACCAGUUUGAAAUACAAACUGGCAAACUACCGCACUCGCCUGAGAAGACUGGGAUGUCCAGAGGUGACGAUAAACUCCUUGAAGCACAAACCUGCAGGGAAGUCAAGUGCAGCCUAUGGUGUUAUAAAGGCAAAGAGAGCAGAAGGGAACUUUUACCCCACAUCUCCCUCAGGAGAAACAGAAGAGAGCCUCGAGGACAUGCGGAAAGCUCAACUGUCCGAUGUGAAGAAAAGGAACAACAGAGAGACAGUGAAGUUCAAAAUGGAGAAGACGUUUGCAUACAGGAGGCAUUAAGUUGACCGUGGCGCACCCACGGUAGAGGACUUCAUGGCCAGAUGGCCUGCGCUCUUUGAAGUCAUUGAGGUAAGUUAGCCAUGCUUGUCUUAUGGUUGAUCUAUUGGGUAUGUUAUCUGGGAGUUCUUGGUGAAGGUAGAAUAUUAUUUUCCCUCAGCUUGCCACAUAAGUGAGCCUUAUUCAGAGUUAUCACCAUUUGUGAUGACUGCCUAGUUAUUUCUCUCUCUAUAGAGAACCCUCUAGUUUGCUGCUUGUGUGAUCAUCUCCAGUCUAUUUUGCUUUCUGCAGUUUUUAAUCUAAUUUGUUUAAUUACUAUUUUCAGGUUAAUGCUGAGUUUAAGAGAAUCACCACAACCCCAACUCCAGUCCAAAUGUCUUUCUCAGAUAACCUGCUGAAGUUGGUCCAAAGAAGAGGAGGAUAGCUGGGCAGAAGACAUAUCAAUCAUGGCACCCACGGCUGAUGGAAUAAUUCCUUAUGCUUCAAAAGGCACAUUCAUAUGUGGUUCUACACCAAAAGUUGACUUCAAAAUGAGACAUAAAUAAAGAAAUCCUUCUUCUAUUUUCUUAAAAUAGCAACAUAGAUGUCAGACGAGAGUGUAUGAUAAAGUGUGUGUGUAUAUGGGUGAAAGAAACCCUCAUUCAGGAAUAUGUGGUACGUUAAUAGAUUGGUGUUUCCUUCUUCCUUACUUUUCAUUCUCUUCCUGUUCCAUCAUAUUCUAUCACUAUUCUAUGACCGUGUCAUCUCCUCUGUCUUCCAUCUUAUUUCAUUAGCUGCGGUUAAUGCACUAUUUUUUGUAUUCAGAAUUGUAUUAUUCAGAUGAAAGACUCCAUGUAUUUUUUUGUUUGCAUGAAUGCUGAAUACAGUGAUCAAAUUGUCUAUGUCUCAAAUGUAAUCUGAAUAGAUUGAAAUCUUGGUUAUAACUUUAAAUUUUAGUCUUAAUAGGCAGUGUUAAAAUAUUAUAUAUAUAUUUAUUAUAUAUUACCAGCAGUUCUUGAUUUAGUCGACACUCAAAAGGACUCCAGUCUUCAUUUAUUUCCGUCUGGAUCAUGCUCUUGUGCUUCAUGACUAUACUUUUUGCAAUCUAGCGUCUCUAACUGUAAACACUUCAUUGAUGAAGGAUUCAUUUUGUGCGAUUGACAAGUUUUGCCUUUUGUGUCUUGUUCAGGGCAUGGAUGAAGAGGAAGAGGAUGAAGAGUCCACCAAGGACACUACUGAGGCCGAUCUACAUGAUCAAAGACCGCGAACCAGAGGACACUGGGAUUGUCCUCGAAGGGGCGUCAAGGUGCUGCAGGAUCUGGGCAACGUAGUGUUUGCUGUUGCCAUGAACCUCAGGUACCUUUACUGAUCUCCGCUACACCUUUUAAGUCUUUCAGAAGGUUUUUACGGAACUGAAUGGCUUUCUAACAAAGCUGUUGCAUUUUCAAAACAGGCUGUUUCAGUGAUCUGUUGGGUUGUGUGUUGUAUUUCAGACUGUAUGUUUCACUUAUGUUGAACUUGUUAGAUUGUUUACAAAAACUCAAAAACAGAAUGAGCAGAACAAAUGAUAUUUGCUUGACAAAAAGAAAAUAAGUAAACUGAACAAGAAUAACUGUGUUAUCAAGAAAGAUCAAGUGUAAUAUAUUAUAAAAAAAUAAAGCAAACUGGGUGGAAUAUGGGGAAAAAUGCACAACAUUAUUUUUUAAUCUUCAACAUAGGAAUGCUACCAAAAAUAAUUUAAUGAAACUGGUUACAAUUGACGGAGUCACCCAUGAUUCACCAAAUUAUAUUUUGAAGGAGGAAACAAAGUACUUUAAGCAUAUGUUUUCUUUUCAGUCGCCUCCAUCUCCUCUAACUGAAGCUAAUUGUAGAGAUUUUUUUUCUGUUGAUAAUGUAAAAUUAACAGCCAUACAGAAAGACUCAUGUGAAGAUGAAAUUACAGAGGAGGAACUUCUGGAUGCAAUUAAAGACUUUAAGUCCGGGAAAACUCCAGGGUUGGAUGGCAUACCAGUCGAGGUAUACCAAACUUUUUUGAUAUACUAAGAGGACCGUUAUUAGCAUGUUUUAAUCACUCCUAUGUAAAUGGUAGAUUAUCUGACACUCAAGAAGAAGAUCUCAUUAUUACUGAAACAGGAUACAAGUGGAAAAUAUAAAGAUCCAGUCCAUUAAAAACAUUGGAGGCCCCUUACACUUCAGUGUUGUGAUGCAAAGAUUAUAGCAAAAUGUAUAGUGCAUAGAAUUAAAAAGGUAUUGUCGGAUAUUAUUCAUUCUAAUCAGACAGGUUUUUUACAUAGAAGAUACAUUGGAGAUAAUAUAAGGCAAGUAUUGGAAACAAUAGAACACUAUGGAAAAUAUGGGAAACCAGACCUGCUAUUCAUAGUAGACUUCGAAAAGGCAUUUGAUAAAGUACGACUGGGGUUUAUAUAUAAGAGCAUUUCAAUUUUGGAGAAUCUCUUAUAAAAUGGGUCAAAAUCAUGUAUAGUAACCCUAGGUGUAAAAUGGUAAAUAAUGGCUAUUUUUCAGAAAGUUUUAAACUGUCAAGAGGACUGAAACAAGGUUGUCCACUAUCGGCAUAUCUAUUUAUAGUGGCCAUCAAGAUGUUAGCUAUUAAAAUCAGAUCCAAUAAUAAUAUCAGAGGAUUAGAAAUACAGGGCUUAAAAAGACAGGUGUCAUUGUACACUGAUGAUUCAUGUUUUCUUUUAAAUCCACAACUAGAAUCCCUCCACAGCCUCAUAGAGGAUCUAGAUACAUUUUCUAACCUCUCUGGAUUACAACCAAAUUAUGACAAAUGUACUAUAUUACGUAUUGGAUCACUAAAAAAUACAAUUUUUACAUUACCAUGUAGUUUACCAAUAAAAUGGUCUGAUGGUGAUGUGGAUAUACUCUGAAUACAUAUCCCAAAGGAAAUAAAUGAUCUCACUUCAAUAAAUGUUAAUAGAAAGUUAGCAAAAAUAGAUAAGAUCUUGCUACCAUGGAAAGGUAAAUACCUGUCAAUUUGUGGAAAAAUCACCCUGAUUAACUCUUUAGUAUUAUCCCAGUUAACCUAUUUGCUUAUGGUCUUGCCUACGCCUAGCGAACAGUUUUUUAAAUUAUAUGAGAAAGAAAUAUUCAGUUUUAUUUGUAACGGCAAGCCAGACAAAAUUAAAAGGGCCUAUUUAUAUAAUGAAUAUGAAUUUGGAGGACAGAAAUUAUUACAUAUUAAAGCAUUAGACCUAUCACUAAAAGCUUCAGUCAUACAAAAGUUAUACUUAAAUCCGAACUGGUUCUCAAGCAAAUUAGUAAGAUUGUCUCACCCAAUGUUCAAGAAAGGCCUUUUUCCCUUUAUUCAGAUUACAACAACUCUUUUUCAGUUAUUUGAAAAGGAAAUAAUCUCCCAAAUAUCACUAUUUCUAAAACAAGCCAUAGAAAGUUGGUUGCAAUUUCAAUGUAAUCCUCCAGAAACGACAGAACAAAUAAUGCAACAAAUAUUGUGGUUAAAUUCAAAUAUACUAAUUGAUUGACUAAUUGACAAAAAACCUUUAUUUUUGGACAGAAUGUUUAAAAAAGGUAUAAUCUUCGUAAAUGAUAUCAUCGGUAGGACUGGUGGAGUUAUGUCGCACAUGCAGCUAACAAAAAACAUAUGGAAAUGUCUGCUCUACCCAAAAUUACAACCAAAUAAUUGCAGCCUUACCGCAAAAGUGGAAGAGGAAAGUGGAAGGGGGAGAAAGUAAGGAACUUGUCUGUCGGCCUUGCAUUAAAGAACAUAUUUGGUUAAGGAAAACCGUGAUAAAUAAAAAAGUAUAUCAGUUUCACUUAAGGACCAAAGGAUUGACAGCCGUCCCAUAUCAACGUGAUCUGAAGAACUGUAAUAUCAAAAGAAAAAUGUAGUUGUGAUUGAACAAGGAAAUAUAUAGGAUAUCUACUAUACAUCGACAAGACAGAACGGUGGCAUCGGGGAAGCUCAGGGCAAGGGGUGUAUGGUCUCUUUGUUAACAGCAGCUGGUGCGCCAUCUCUAAUAUUAAGGAAGUCUCUGAGUUCUGCUCACCUGAACUAGAGUAUCUCAUGAUAAGCUGUAGACCCACACUAUUUACCAAGAUAGCUUUCAUCUAUAUUUUUUGUAGCUGUCUAUUUGCCACCACAAACCGACACUGGUACUAAGACCCCACUCAACCAGCUGUAUAGGGCCGUAAGGGCCAUAAGCAAACAAGAAAAUGCUCACCCGCAGGGAAAUUUAAAUCAAUUUUACCUCAUUUCCAGAAGUGGUUUACCCAUACAUCUCCAUUUUUGAUAGAUAGCUCUUUGUGUUGUUGUUUGUUUAGUGUUUCCCCCCCAAAAAAAAUCCAAUUUUCCCAGAAGUGUUUAGAGUCUAUGGAUUCUUCAAUUACAUUGAGCUGAUUUCUGACAUGCUGUUCCUUCUUUUUCCGUAGUGUAUUUCUGUAUUGUUUUAGUGAUUCACCAUAGUGAAGGCGUAGGCUCAGGUUUUCUGGGUCUCUAUGUUUUUGGUUUGAUAGGUUUCUCAAUUUCUUUCUUAGGUUUUUGCAUUCUUCAUCAAACCAUUUGUCAUUGUUGUUACUUCGUGUUUCUGUUAGAUAUUUUUAGAUUUGAUAGGGAAGCUGAGAGGUCAAAUAUACUGUUUAGGUUUUCUACUACCAAGUUUACACCUUCACUAUUACAGUGGAACAUUUUGUCCAGGAAGUUGUCUAAAAGGGAUUGUAUUUGUUGUUGCCUAAUUGUUUUUUGGUAGGUUUUCGACAAUACUUUCCUUCCAUCUAUAGCAUUUCUGAAUAUUAUUCAGUUCCUUUGGCUUUGAUUCCUCAUGAUUGAGUAUUACUCUGUUCAAGUAGACUGUGAUUUUGCUGUGGUCUGAUAGGGGUGUUAGUAGGCUGACUGUGAACGCUCUGAGAGACUCUGGGUUGAGGUCAGUGAUAAAGUAGUCUACAGUACUACUGCCAAGAGAUGAGCUAUAGGUGUACCUACCAUAGGAGUCCCUUCGAAGCCUACCAUUGACUAUGUAUAUACCCAGUGUGCGACAGAGCUGCAGGAGUUGUGACCCAUUUUUGUUGGUUAUGUCGUCGUAGUUGUGCCUAGGGGGGCAUAUGGGGGAGGGAAUGCUGUCACCUCCAGGUAGGUGUUUGUCCCCCUGUGUGCUGAGGGUGUCAGGUUCUUGUCCAGUUUUGGCAUUUAGGUCACCACAGACUAGUACAUGUCCCUGGGCCUGGAAAUGAUUUAUUUCCCCCUCCAGGAUGGAGAAUCUCUCUCUCUCUCUCUCUCUCUCUCUCUCUCUCUCUCUCUCUCUCUCUCUCUCCCUCCUUCCCUUCCUCUGUGCCAACCGGAGAAACAGAGUCUCUCUUUUUAAAAAUGAAGUUAGUCUGCUUUUUUUCCAUCUCUUCUCCUCUCCUCAACAGUCCACCGUACUCCUCUAACCUCCUCUUUCUCUCCCCCCUGUCCUCUCUCCUCUCCUCCCCCUCUCCCCCUGUCCUCUCUCCUCUCCUCCCCCUCUCCCCCAUGUCCUCUCUCCUCUCCUCCCCCUCUCCCUCUGUCCUCCUACCCUCCUCUCCCCCCCCCCCCCCCCCUCCACCUCUCCUUAGACCCCAUUGUCUUAUAUCACAGAGAUGUUGUAAUUACCAUUAGCACCAACAAGAGGCAGCAGCAGCUUCAUUGGUAUGCUACUGAUUGUCUGGUGAUAGGGGGAGAGCCUGGCAGGUAGACAAUGAACAAAUGCCACCAGGGGUAGGGUGGCACUAGGGACACAUUGGGAUGGUCCUACCUCCAAUCCCCUCCGGGCCCCUGUUGUCAAAGCAGAGAGAGAGGACCAACAAAAGCUCCGUCAUUCACCACACGACGACAUGCAGCCAUUUUAAUUAAUUUUCACUCAGCUCUCCUUGCAGUGUUUAGUGUGGUGGCGACCCCCAGUUAUCCACCUAUAGCCUUAAUGCCUAGGCUAUUCCCCAGUGUGUGUGUGUGUGUGUGUGUGUGUGCGUGUGUGUUUGUGUGUGUGUGUGUGUGUGUGUGUGUGUGUGUGUGUGUGUGUGUGUGUGUGUGUGUGUGUGUGUGUGUGUGUGUGUGUGUGUGUGUGUGUGUGUGUGUGUGUGUGUGUGUGUGCGCGAGUGCGAGUGUGUGGACGUGUUUAACUACAGUGACUUCGGAAAGUAUUCAGACCCCUUGACUUUUUCCACAUUUUGUUACGUUACAGCCUUAUUCUAAAAUUGAUUAAAUAAAUAAUAAUCCUUAUCAAUCUACACACAAUACCACAUAAUGACAAGGCAAAAACAGGUUUUUAGAAAUGUUUGCAGAUUUAUUAAAAAUAAAAAACAGAAAUAUCUUAUUUACAUAAGUAUUCAGACCCUUUGGUAUGUGAUUCGAAAUUGAGCUCAGGUGCAUCCUGUUUCCAUUGAUCAUCCUUGAGAAGUUUCUACAACUUGAUUGGAGUCCACCUGUGGUAAAUUAACUUGAUUGGACAUGAUUUGGAAAGGCACACACCUGUCUAUAUAAGGUCCCACAGUUGACAGUACAUGUCAGAGCAAAAACCAAGCCAUGAGGUCAAAGGAAUUGUCCGUAGAGCUCCGAGACAGGAUUGUGUCGAGGCACAGAUCUGGGGAAGGGUACCAAACAAUGUCUGCAGCAUUGAAGGUCCCCAAGAACACAGUGGCCUCCCUCAUUCUUAAGACGUGACGCUUGGCAUUCAGGCCAAAGAAUUCAAUCUUGGUUUCAUCAGACCAGAGAAUCUUGUUUCUCAUGGUCUGAGAGUCCUUUAGGUGCCUUUUGGCAAACUCCAAGCGGGCUGUCAUGUGCCUUUUACUGAGGAGUGGCUUCCGUCUGGCCACUCUACCAUAAAGGCCUGAUUGGUGGAGUGCUGCAGAGAUAGUUGUCCUUCUUGAAGGUUCUCCCAUCUCCACAGAGGAACUCUAGAGCUCUGUCAGAUUGACCAUCAGGUUCUUGGUCACCUCCCUGACCAAGGCCCUUCUUUCCUGAUUGCUCAGUUUGGCUGGGCGGCCAGCUCUAGGAAGAGUCUUGGUGAUUCCAAACUUCUUCCAUUUAAGAAUGAUGGAGGCCACUGUGUUCUUGGGGACCUUCAAUGACUUCCCCAGAUCUGUACCUCGACAUAAUCUUGUCUUGGAGCUCUACGGACAAUUCCUUCUACAUCAUGGCUUGGUUUUUGCUCUGACAUGCACUGUCAACUGUGGGUCCUUAUAGAGACAGGUGUGUGCCUUUCCAAAUCAUGUCCAAUCAAUUGAAUUUACCACAGGUGGACUCCAAUCAUGUUGUAGAGACAUCUCAAGGAUGAUCAAAGGAAACAGGAUUAACCUGAUCUCAAUUUUGAAUCACAUACCAAAGGGUCUGAAUACUUAUGUAAAUAAGUAUAUUUUCUGUAUUUAAUAUAUUUGCAAAAAUUUCAAAAAAACUGUUUUCACUUUGUCAUUAUGGGGUAUUGUGUAUAGAUUGGUGAGGGGAAAAAAUUAUUUAAUCAAUUUUAGAAUAAGGCUGUAACGUGGGUUUACAAGUUAAUUGGGUUUACAAGUUAAUUAACUUUCAAAUCAGAAUAACUUUCUCAUUGUUCCUCAACUGUAGUGUAUGAUAUACCAUUUUCUAUCUCUGAGUCUCUACUUUUAUCCAAUGUAAAAUAUAUAUGGGUGUCAAAUCACUUCAAAAUUUGACAUUUGGAGAAAUGUGACUAAACAUCUAAUUCUACAGGGCUUGUUGGGCUGUUGUCUGUGCAUGCCUGCAUGCCUGGCGGGUCCAAUAUGCUAGGGGAAGCAUCCCUAAAAGUAAAUUGAAUUAAAUUGUCAAAAUUAGGCUAUAUAAUUGGGCCUGUUAAUAAAUAAAUAAAAAUACUACACCAGAAAGCUUUGAUUUGGUCACAGAGGAUCAUUAGCUUCUGUUAAAAAACUGUUUUUAAAUCACAAGCCUACAGUUGGGAAGCCCAUAAUUUGGGCAGCUGUGGAAUGCAGUGUUAGAGUUUUUCCAAACAUAAUGGGACCCAUCUCGUCCACAAAGUUGACUCAAGUUUGCCAAAAAGCACCUGGAAGCAUCUGGAUGAUCAUCAAGAAUGUUCUAUGGACAGAUGAGUCAAAAGUGUAACGUUUUGGACGAGAUGGGUCCCAUUAUGUCUGGCGAAAACCAAACACUGCAUUCCACAGUAAGAACCUUAUACCAACGGUCAAGCAUGGUGGUGGUGGUGUGAUGGUUUGGAGAUGCUUUGCUGCCUUGAAACCUGGACGACUUGCCUUAAUAGAAGGAACCAUGAAUUCUGCUCUGUAUCAGAGAAUUCUACAGAAUGUCAGACCAUCCGUCUGUGAGCUGAAGCUGAAGCGCAGCUGGGUCAUGCAGCAAGACAAUGAUCCAAAACACACAAUUAAGUCUACAUAAAAAUGGCUAUAAAGCAACACAUUUGAAGUUUUGGAAUGGCCUAAUCCCAAUUGAGAUGUUGUGGCAGGACUUGAAACAAGCAGUUCAUGCUUGAAAACCCACAAUUGUCGCUGAUUUAAAGCAGUUCUGCAUGGAGGAGUGGGCCAAAAUUCCUCCACAGCGACAUGAAAGACUGAUCAACAACUACAGGAAGCAUUUGGUUGGAGUGGUUGCAGCUGAAGGUGGCACAACCAGUUAUUGAGAGUAAGGAGGCAAUUACUUUUUCACACAGGGGCAUUGGGCAUUGGGUGUUGCAGAGAUUUGUUUAUGAAAGAAAUGAAAUAAGUAUGUCAUUGUUGUGUUAUUUGUUACUCAGGUUCCCUUUAUCUAAUAUUAGGUUUUGGUUGAAGAUCUGAUAACAUUCAGUAUCAAAAAUAUGCAAAAGUAGAGAAAAUUAGAAAGGGGGCAAAUACUUUUUCAUAGCACUGGGCGCAUUAGCAAAGGAUACCUAGGUCUCAACAUGUCUUCCCUGUUAAUGAGACCUGGAUCUCAACAUGUAAUAAUAAUAUGCCAUUUAGCAGACGCUUUUAUCCAAAGCGACUUACAGUCAUGUGUGCAUACAUUUUUACGUAUGGGUGGUCCCGGGGAUCGAACCCACUACCCUGGCGUUGCAAGCGCCAUGCUCUACCAGCUGAGCUACAGAGGACCACUGUAUAACAUGUAUAACAUGUAUAACAUGUCUUCCCUGUUUAAAAUAAAGGUUCAAUAAAUAAACUGUUUUUAUUGAUCUCUUUGUCAGCAGAGUCACCCUGUCAUUUUUGUUGUGUUAAAAAAAAAUAUUCAGCUAAUGUCUACAGACUCCAGUCAUAGAAAUUGCAUGAAAUGUGUUAAUACAAGGGCACAAAAAAAAAAAUCCUGUGCAAAGAAAGGAGUAGAAAGUCUCUGAUGUGGCUGCUGAUUUAAACAGUCUUUUUUUUGCAAACAGUUAUUAUCAUCCUACAUUAUGACUAUCUAUCCACUCAUCGCUUUCAUUUCAUUCAGAGGACACACUGGCACAUCUUUCGGUCUCACCUCAGUAAAAGGGUCCUCUGUAGCUCAGCUGGUAGAGCACGGCGCUUGUAACGCCAAGGUAGUGGGUUCGAUCCCCGGGACCACCCAUACACAGAAAAAAAAAUGUAUGCACGCGUGACUGUAAGUCGCUUUGGAUAAAAGCGUCUGCUAAAUGGCAUAUUAUUAUUAUUAUUAUUAUUAUACCACGUUAUGACUAUCUACUCAUCACAUUAAGAAAUAGGAGGCUAUCUUACAUAAGUCUGCAAAUGCCAUGAAAGAUGCAUACAAUGCUUUAUUAUAAAGGUGCACUUUUUAUUGUGAAAAACAUUGCUUCACCACACUUGAAACACAUGCGCCGUCUAUGCGUGCGUGUGUGUGUGCGUGCCUGUGCUGGAUCUUGUGUGUGUGUGUGUGUGCAUGAGUGUGUGUGCUUGCGUGUGUGUGUGUGUGUGUGUGUGUGUGUGUGUGUGUGUGUGUGUGUGUGUGUGUGUGUGUGUGUGUGUGAGCCCACUGCCCCCGAGCAUGUCUCCUCAUUUCAGAGUGCUGUCACUCCCUCUUCCUGGCAUCUAUUAACACAAGCCAUUAUCAUGUUAAUCUCUAUGAUUAUAAUAGUAAUUUAUGCGCAUUGACUUCUAUGGACAUACAGAGAUGAGCUGUGACCGCUGUUGAGGAAGACUUGGAGAAGAACAUCACUAUAUUUGUAUCUCUUAUCUCAUUCUGUCUUUGCACUUAAAGAUGUAGGAUCUUAAUUUGAUCACUCUUUUGUUGCUGAGAAUUUUCCUGCACAGCAGUAUAUGCAAACCUUUAGUGUAUUUCAGUUUUUAAAAGGCUUCUAAAGUGUAUAAUAUCCACUUUGAAAAUUCAGACUUGAUUUUCCCUAAUGAAAAAUGUAUUUAAUUGUAUUUUAUUUGAGAUCAACCCCUACCCCUUUCUCUACCUCUCUCUCCCUCUCCCUCUCUCUCUCUACCUCUCUCUCCCUCUCCCUCUAUCUCUACCUCUCUCUCCCUCUCCCCCUCUCUCUCUACCUCUCUCUCCCUCUCUCUCUAAUUUAUUCACAGAUAGUGUAGUAAUUAGGCUGUUAAAUUAAAACUGUAUUACUCUUAUUAACAUUGUAACUACCAACUCCACCCUCUUCACACGCUAAGCAAAGACACAUCCAGCACUAAUACUCUUGAAGAAUCCCACUGAGUGUGAACGGGACCUGAUGGUGUGUUUGUAAAACAAAGAAAUUUUUCUCAAAUCUCCCAAGUCACCCUUUUGUUUGGUUUAAACAACCCAACAUUUAACAUUUAUUCAGUGUUUACACACACAAAGGCUUCCUGAACCUCCUCUCUAACAGAACACACACAUUGGGUGGCACCAGUAUUAAUAUACAUUUUCAUUUAUUAUAGAGCAGGUCAAACUAUUUAGUCAAGGAUCAGAUCUGAUUUAUAAUAACAACACGAACACAUCACAAAUUGCACCCUGUUCCCUAUGUAGUGCACAAAUGGCACCCUAUUCCCUAUGUAGUGCACAAAUGUCACCCUAUUCCCUAUGUAGUGCACAAAUGGCACCCUAUUCCCUAUGUAGUGCACAAAUGGCACCCUAUUCCCUAUGUAGUGCACAAAUGGCACCCUAUUCCCUAUGUAGUGCACAAAUGGAACCCUAUUCCCUAUGUAGUGCACAAAUGGAACCCUAUUCCCUAUGUAGUGCACAAAUGGCACCCUAUUCCCUAUGUAGUGCACAAAUGGCACCCUAUUCACUAUAUAGUGCACUAAUUUUGACCAGAGCCCUGUGUAUGUUCACCAGUCUAACACAACACCCACAGCAAUGUUUCCACAGAACAGCCCUGUGGGCGUUGGUCAUAAGGAGUGUACUAUAUAGAGAAUAGUGGGCCAUGUGGGAUGCAUCCUACGACUACUAAACAGUUAAAAGGGGAUUGUUGGGUUGUGUUUCUAUUGUCUGGGUAAACAUUGCUGUGGGUGUUGUUAGAGUGGUGAACCCAAUUCAUUUAAUCGCUCCCCCUCUCUCAUUUCCCCUCUCAUUUACUCUCCCCCCCCCCCCCCCCCCCCCCACACACACACAUACACACACACACAUACACUCACACACACACACACACACACACACACACAUACACACACACACACACACACACACACACACACACACACACACACACACACACACACACACACACGUUUCCCCUCCGUUUUUAAAUGUUGUUUUGGAGGAGAGAGACCCCUUGCUGUGCUGGAGACACACACACACACACACACACACACACAUACACUCACACACUCACACACACACACAUACACUCACACACACACACGUUUCCCCUCCGUUUUUAAAUGUUGUUUUGGAGGAGAAAGACCCCUUGCUGUGCUGGAGACACACACACACACACACACACACACGCACACGCACACAUGCACACACACACAUGCACACACACACACACACACACACUCACACAAACCACAUCGUUCUCCAUAUGGUACCACGUUUUACCUGCAGGCUGUGUGUGUGUGUGUGUGUGUGUGUGUGUGAGUGUGGUGUGUGUGAAUGUGUGUGUGUGUGUGUGUGUGUGUGGUGUGUGUGUGUGUGUGAGUGUGUGCAUUUGCGUGCACACGUGUGUGUGUGAGGUAAUGGAGUUGUGCUUCAUGUGUUUUUGUGGCCUUCACAAAAUGCAGCAAUCAUUUUGUGCAUGUGUGUGUGUUUGCUUGUGCAAAUGUGGUAUCAGGGUCAAAUAUGACCUGCUGGGAAAUGAUUCAGUCAUUUCAAUAGACAAUGUUUUACUUAAUGGACUUUUGAUAUUUCUUACCAUCUUCCCCCUCAAAAACGUUCAUUGUAUUAUUACAGUGCAAAUCAAAUUAAUUGAUCAACCUUGUUACGUUUCAGAGUUUUGAGACAUGCUGUAAUAUUCUACCUGGAAAAACAUUUAAAUUCUGGUCUUAAUUUUGGCAGUUCAUUGCAAAAGUGAUAUAUUUGGGUAUUCUACUAGUAAAUGCAGCUCCUUUUGCCCCUAGUGGUUCAACUCUACCAUUGAAAUCACGACGUCUAUGUCAUCUCAAGGGUUCAGUAUGAAAUACAAUACACUCCCUUCUAGAUUUGCUGGGUGGUGCAAACCUCAAGGCAUACCAUAAAAGCAGGUGACAGCGUGCCUUAUUUCAAUAUAGUGCAACUGCAGCCCAGCAUUCCUGGUGGUUCCUUCAUGAAUACCAGGUUACGGCUAGCUAGCUACCGUUGUCGCCCCCUUCUUCUUCUUCUGUGGGGUUUAUCGACGGCUGGCUUCCGAAGUUAUUGUUAAUUAACGCCACCUACUGUACUGGGGCGCCCCCGCCUCCCACCUAUGUACCAGAGUCCUAGCUCUGUCUUGUUGUUGUUGUUUUUUAUCGUAUUUAAUUAUUUUGCACUAUAGCCUAUUUAUUGCCUUACCUCCAUAACUUGCUACAUUCGCACACACUGUAUAUAGAUUUUCUGUUGUAUUUUUUGACUUUAUGUGUUUUACCCCAUAUGUAACUCUGUGUUGUUUUUAUCACACUGCUUUGCUUUAUCUUGGCCAGGUCACAGUUGUAAAUGAGAACUUGUUCUCAACUGGCUUACCUGGUUAAAUAAAGGUGAAAUAAAAAAUAAAAAAUAAAAAUGUUAUUACUGUUAUUAUUUUUACAAUUGUCCAAUAGAAGUAUAAAGAGAAUGCAGGAACGCCCACAUGCAGGAACGUCAAUAUGCAGGAACGCCCACAUGCAGGAACGCCCGCAUGCAGGAACGCCCACACGCAGGAACGCCCGCAUGCAGGAACGCCCACAUGCAGGAACGCCCACACGCAGGAACGCCCACAUGCAGGAACGCCCACAUACAGGAACGCCCACAUACAGGAACGCCCACAUGCAGGAACGCCUACAUACAGGAACGCCCACAUGCAGGAAUGCCCACAUGCAGGAACGCCAACAUACAGGAACGCCCACAUACAGGAACGCCCACAUGCAGGAACGCCCACAUACAGGAACGCCCACAUGCAGGAACGCCCCGAAUUGCAGGCCACAAUUGCACCCAUCUCCCUUAUUUGGCAAUGGUCUUGGUAAGUGGAGUGUGCCAAUAUAUUUUGCGUGAUGCUUCCUUGACUGACAUAAACACAAAAUUCAAAAGGCAGUAAGGUACAUUUCCACAUAUGACCAAAUUCAAUGUUUUUGCUUAAUGUUUCAUACACAUCUUUUUGCUUUUAAGAAGAAAACAAAACAUGUAGGCUAUGAGGAUUAUAUACGUUUAUGUUCGUAGCUACAUCCAUCGUAACAAGAAAAAGAUGGUGGUCAUCUCAAUAUGUUACAUUUAUCUCAACUGCUUAAACAGAUUGGUGGGGCAGUCUGCUAAAACAGAUUGGUGGGGCAGUCUGCUAAAACAGAUUGGUGGGGCAGAAUGCUAAAACAGAUUGGUGGGGCAGUCUGCUAAAACAGAUUGGUGGGGCAGUCUGCUAAAACAGAUUGGUGGGGCAGUCUGCUAAAACAGAUUGGUGGGGCAGUCUGCUAAGACAGAUUGGAUGGUUCAUAGAGUUCCAAUCUCAUUUUUUUUCUUAAAAUCCUUGAUUUACAAUAUUGAUCCCGUGCCCACACACUUCUAAUUCUGAAAAGUGAAAGCAUACCUGUGAGGGGGGGUCGCCCUGGUAGUAGUUGUGGGUUUUUAUACAGUACCCAAGACCAAUCUGUGAGUUAAUUUGACCAUUGGAAAAAGAGAUACUGCAAUAUGGGUUGAAUUGAAUUGAGCCCCUAAUCUUCAUGUUCAAGGUGCACUUUUCUUCCCAACACAAUUCCACAGUAAAUGUGAGUCCACAUUUGAGCUAUUCUUUUUUUUAGCCCCAUGGGGGAUUCGAAUUUACACCGCAAGUGGCAAUAGAUAUCAGGAACUCUGCGCCUUACCACUGUGAACUAACUGUCCAGAGCCGUGUUUGCUCGCAAUGCACAUAAUUUUAUUAUCAGAGCGUUCCAGUGGACUUCUGGUAAGUAUGCUUUAGUGAGAAAGUGUUGGGAUCAGGUACAACUACGUUUACCCACCUGAAAAAUUAAUAUUUAUGAGCAAUUCCCCCCACCCACAACUUCUCACCUGAAUGCAUUUGUUGAAAAUUUGAAGGGGUUGGUCGAAGGCUGAAAUUGGGGUUGAGACUUACCCUUUAAAAGGUCCUCUUCCCCCCAGUGUUCCCCAGCCCUCCCUCAUCUCCCCCCAGUGUUCCCCAGCCCUCCCUCCUCUCCCCCCAGUGUUCCCCAGCCUCCCUCCUCUCCCCCAGUGUUCCCCAGCCCUCCCUCCUCUCCCCCCAGUGUUCCCCAGCCCUCCCUCCUCUCCCCCCAGUGUUCCCCAGCCCUCCCUCCUCUCCCCCCAGUGUUCCCCAGCCCUCCCUCCUCUCCCCCCAGUGUUCCCCAGCCCUCCCUCCUCUCUCCACAGUGUUGCAGUAGUCUGCAGGCGUUACACAGUGUCCAGCCUAGUGUCCAGCCUAGUGUCCAGCCUGGUGUCCAGCCUAGUGUCCAGCCUGGUGUCCAGCCUAGUGUCCAUCCUGGUGUCCUGCCUCGUGUCCUGCCUGGUGUCCAGCCUAGUGUCCAGCCUAGUGUCCAGCCUGGUGUCCAGCCUGGUGUCCAGCCUGGUGUCCAGCCUAGUGUCCAGCCUAGUGUCCAGCCUGGUGUCCUGCCUGGUGUCCUGCCUGGUGUCCAGCCUGGUGUCCAGCCUGGUGUCCUGCCUGGUGUCCAGCCUAGUGUCCAGCCUGGUGUCCAGCCUGGUGUCCUGCCUGGUGUCCUGCCUGGUGUCCUGCCUGGUGUCCAGCCUAGUGUCCAGCCUAGUGUCCAGCCUGGUGUCCAGCCUAGUGUCCAGCCUGGUGUCCUGCCUGGUGUCCUGCCUGGUGUCCAGCCUGGUGUCCAGCCUGGUGUUCAGCCUGGUGUCCAGCCUGGUGUCCAGCCUAGUGUCCAGCCUAGUGUCCAGCCUGGUGUCCUGCCUGGUGUCCUGCCUGGUGUCCAGCCUGGUGUCCAGCCUAGUGUCCAGCCUGGUGUCCAGCCUGGUGUCCUGCCUGGUGUCCUGCCUGGUGUCCUGCCUGGUGUCCAGCCUAGUGUCCAGCCUAGUGUCCAGCCUGGUGUCCAGCCUAGUGUCCAGCCUGGUGUCCUGCCUGGUGUCCUGCCUGGUGUCCUGCCUGGUGUCCAGCCUAGUGUCCAGCCUGGUGUCCAGCCUAGUGUCCAGCCUGGUGUCCAGCCUGGUGUCCAGCCUAGUGUCCAGCCUGGUGUCCAGCCUGUCUGUCUGUCUCUUCACAUUCUCCCGCUGGCUCCUCUUUUCCAUGAAUCUUAAAAGAUUUCCAGAGGUCUGGAUUACUCCUUCAGCCUGA